AUGAUAUUAAAUAUGGAGUGGGGCGCAUUUGGAGACAACGGUUGUAUUGACUUUUUGAUGACUGAGUUUGAUCGAGAAGUAGAUAAACGAUCUAUCAAUCCCGGGAAACAUUUGUUUGAAAAGAUGAUAUCGGGAAUGUAUUUGGGGGAAUUGGUACGCCUAGUACUGACUAAACUUGCUAAGGAGAAAAAACUUUUCAACGGAGGAAUUGAGCUAACCUCAAAAUAUAAACGUGAGAAUCCGAUAGUAGGACCACAAGGCAAAAAAGGGCCUCGGGGCCCACCUGGUCCUAUGGGCCCUGCAGGCCCACAGGGAGAUAAGGGACCUCCUGGAGAAGAAGGCCCAGUAGGUCCACGUGGUCCACCUGGUGAAAAAUUACCUUGGAAUCUGGAAAGACCAAUAAUCGCUGGUAUCGCAGUAGGUGCAUUAUUUGCAUGUUCACUUGCAUUGAUAUUCUUUCUGCUAUCAGCAACAGGCGUGAUUUUGGGGAAUGCAGUAGAAGGCGAGGAAGAAUAA